UAUUAUUGAAGAGGGCGACAGGAAAGCAUCAGUCCUUGGCCAAGAAAAAGAGACUGAUGCUUGUAUUAGUCAACCACACAGACUCAUGGGGUACCUGAUGUGCCUAAAACUCUCGUGCUUUCCCAGAUACAGUCUGAUGCGCUCUCUGACUUUGCAAAAGGGACCUCUGACUUCCAACCUCCAUGAAGAGCAGACAUGCUUGACACGGAGAGAAUUAAAUAAACAGCUCUGCAGUACUUUGAAGAUGCAGAAGACCAAGUUUCAGAGAGGAAAGGCAUUACUUUGUGCAGAUUAGUAUUUGUCAUGGGAUUUGUUAUGCGUGGCACCUCCAAAAUAACUCCCUGCUGCAGUUGAAGCUUUGAGCAGAUAGCAAAAAUUCCUUUGUGGGCAAAGAAGGGUCAUUUUGUGCAUCCGUGGAGCAUGGGAACAUGCAGCCUGCAACACCAUGGCAGUGUCCUCGCAAGGAAGCAGAUGACUGUCCUCCAUCACAAUGUGCUGGCUUCUGAAACAACAGUAAUUUAAUUUAAAAAGUUACAGAGCCAUUUGCAACUGUCUAUUGCAGUUAGUUUAGAUGGAAAACAAGUUCAUUCUGGUCUUGACUGGGGGAAACAUAAACGUCUAUUAAUAGGAAAGAAACAAAGUUUAAUUUGCUCAUGGAUCAGUGAAGUACAAAAAUGUGCCUCCAUGUUGCAUGGACUCUGCCCUUUCUCAGCAUUUAUGAUUCAGGAAUAAGGGCCAGCAGAGAUUAGAAGAAGGCAACUCUCUCAAUUUGUACCCACUCCUGGCCUUACUGACUGCUGCUUCAGCAAUAAACAACACAGAAGCUGAAGAACUUGAUAAAUAAAUAAGGCUAUCUUAAGAGGUGACAUGAACCUUGAAGAGUAUUUUGCAAGAACUGGCUAUAAAGGUUCACUUGAAAAACAAGAUUUGGAAACCUUAACCGAUAUAUUCCAGCAUCACAUACGUGCUGUUCCCUUUGAAAACCUCAGCAUCCAUUGUGGGGAGAAAAUUACUUUGGAGCUGGAGCAUGUGUAUAACAAAAUUGUGCGGAGGAAGCGGGGUGGUUGGUGCAUGGAAAACAACCAGCUAUUGGGCUGGGUCCUGAAACAUCUGGGGUACGACACCAGCUUUCUGGGAGCAUAUGUGUUCAAUCCACACCAAAACGCGUAUGCCACCCUCAUGACCCAUCUCCUUGUAAAAGUAGUGAUUGAUGGCAAAGCCUAUAUUGUUGAUGGAGGCUUUGGUGUAUCCUAUCAGAUGUGGCAGCCGAUGGAGCUGGUGUCGGGAAAAGACCAGCCCCAGGCUCCCGGCGUCUUUCGCUUCACAGAGAAAAAUGCCAUCUGGUACCUCGAGAAAAUGAGACGGAAACAAUAUAUCCCAAAUCAAAACUUCUCUAACUCCGAUCUUCUGGAGAAAAAAGACUGUCGGAAAGUUUACAUGUUCAGCCUCGAGCCACGGACAGUGGAAGAUUUCCGUUUCCAGUGCACGUACCUUCAGACCUCUCCAGACUCCCUCUUUAUGAAGAAGUCCAUCUGCACCCUCCAGACCACUGAUGGCUUUCGAGCACUAAUUGGGUGGACGCUCACUGAGACCACAUACAACUACAAGGAAAAUAUGGAUCUGGUGGAAUUUGUAACUCUUGAAGGUGAAGAAGUGGAAAAAACCCUCAAAGAGAAAUUCAACAUAACCCUCGACAGGAAACUUGUCCCAGUUAAUGUCAAAGGAUUUUACACAAUCUAGGUGACCAGGAAAACCUACACUAGUGCUAUGUAUAUACAAUACCUCCCACUGUCUGCACGAUCACUACUGAAAAUCAUGGGAUUCUUUGCAGGCAAUUGAAGGAAAAAUACAUUAAUAUGAGAUUAAAGUGAAUUUUGCUCUGGGAAAUAUCAGUCAGGUAGAUAAAAAAAAAAACUU